GCGCAGCAUCACAUUCAACUUUCCCCUUAUUCCAAUGGCUCGGCUUAGAUGUGGUGCCGCCUUGAAGGCGGGACUGGGUCUAGUCGGGGCCAAUGGCGCCCCGGGUGAGGGUUGAGGGGUGGAAGGUGCCGGCUAGCCGGUGGUGCAAGUUUCUUCCAGCUCGUGCGCUGGGCUACCUAGUAGACAUGGAGGCCGACUUGACCGAAGAGCUCGAUGAGGAGGAGCAGCUAGUGAGAAGGCAUCGCAAAGAGAAGAAGGAGUUGCAAGAAGAGUUUGGAAAGUACUGUGAUGAUAUUGUAAACACAGCUGCAUGGGGAGGUCAGCUUGAGAUAGAUUGUGUUGCUGUUAACAUUUCAAACUUGGUACUUGAGAAUCAGCCGCCUCGGAUAUCAAAAGCACAAAAGAGACGGGAAAAAAAAGCUGCAUUGGAAAAGGAGCGAGAAGAAAGGAUAGCUGAGGCUGAAAUAGAGAACUUAUCUGGAGCCAGACAUGUAGAAAGUGAAAAACUUGCUCAAAUAUUGGCAGCUAGACAGUUGGAAAUUAAACAGAUUCCAUCUGAUGGCCACUGUAUGUAUAGAGCCAUUGAAGAUCAACUGAAAGAACAGGAUGAAACUCUUACUGUGGUUGCCUUAAGAUGUCAAACUGCUGGAUAUAUGCAAAGCCAUGUGGAAGACUUUCUGCCAUUUUUAACAAAUCCCAAUACUGGAGAUAUGUAUACUCCAGCCAAAAUUCAAGGUAUGAAGAAUGCUGUUCCCAAGAAUGACAAAAAGAGGAGGAAGCAACUCACUGAAGAUGUUGCUAAGUUGGAAAAAGAAAUGGAGCAGAAACAUAGAGAAGAACUGGAGCAAUUGAAGCUGACUUCUAAGGAGAAUAAGCUAAGAGCUCUGUCUCACAUUUUAGAAACACCAAUAGAGAUAAUACAGGCAGAUUCUCCUCCUAUUGUAGUUGGUGAAGAAUAUCCAAAAAAACCAUUAAUACUUGUAUAUAUGAGACACGCAUAUGGCUUAGGAGAACAUUAUAAUUCUGUUACACUUGGUAAACACAGCUACUGAAAAUUGCAGCUAGUUUACAAAAUGUUACACAAUUAUGUUUUAGCUUAUGGUUGCCGAUCUAAGUAUUCCUACCAAGUACUGAAUUGUUCUGAAUGCUACUGAAAAACACAACUACCUUGAAUCAGUUUUAUGGCAAAGCUACUUACUCAUAGGCUUUUUAGAAAUAUAUCAAAGAUGAACUUUAACCAGUGUCCUUUUAGUGGAAUUUUAAAAACUUGUAAGCCCAUUGUGGAAAACAUCAUUCAUAG